CUCGCCCUUCUGUAGCAGAAGCAGAGGUCCCUGGACGACAGCGAAAACAACUUGACCAUCGCGUAUCCAUCGCCAAAAAACCGACUCGGUUGUUGGGCUGUCCUUGACAGCUUCUCCCUGGGUUCUGUUUGACAGACAUUGACAGCUCCGAGUCCGAGCCCGAGCCGGUCUGUCUUCCAGUUCUCCGGAUACCUAUCACCCAGCAGGCUGCCAGGCCCUGCCUCUCUCUCUCAAGAGUCACAGCUUCACCUCGCCCUGCCCUGCCCUGCCCUGAGCUAAUUUCACCUUCCACCGUGCCCGCGCGCACUAUGGCCUUGUGAUGCAUCUCAGCGCCGUUGACUCGCCGCCACAACCGUCCUACCAUGUUGCGCAAACCGGCCCGCCAGAACCUCUGUCACUGACGCACCAAGAGCCUUGAUCGGAGCUGGUCUGUGGAUGAAGAAACACCCGCUGCUGCUGGUGCCGCCACCACCGCCUCCGCCUCCGCGACACGGUCGCCGAGAGCGUUUUCCGGCCUCCGGCUCGGUGUUUUGUGUGAACAACCUAAGCACAGUUUGUGAAAGAGCACAGAGCAGAGAGCCUCGCUUCGGCAUCAACUGCCGUGCUGUGGCUGCGCCCGUGUCCAACCCCUAGCCUUCCCCGACGCCGCCGCCGAGGGGGCCUGACGCUAUGGCCGCCGACAAUAUCGCGCCGCUGCCGCUGCCGGCAUCUUCGUCUCGGCCCGAGCGCAACUCGCUCUCAGUACCACCACCGCCGUCGUCUGUCCUGGCCGCACCUGUUGGAGCUGGAGGUGCCCCCCAUCACUCUCCUCAUCCAGCGCCUCAGUAUGAUCCGUCGUUGGAUCCCACCAUCAAGCACCUGCUGGAUCAGCAGGCCGAAAUUCAGGCCAAACUAGCUGUCCUGCUUCCUCAGAAAUAUGGCCCCAACAUCAAGGUCGAGCUUGAAAUGCUGCGGCAUAAGCAUCGUGUGCUGCGCGCGUAUGCCGACGAGAACCAAUUCUCCAACAAAAUCCCUCUCCUGUCCGAAAUAGAAGAGGCCCGAACGUUGCAGUAUAACUGCGAAUGCAUCGAGGCAGCCUGUCUCGAACAUGGCGUGGACCUGCAGGACCCUAGGUUUCUUGACACCCUCAAGUAUCAUUAUUUUCGGGAUCAAGCGCCGGAAGGGUAUGCUGCAUGGCUGGACAGGAACGUUGCCCGCUUCGACCCAGUUGUGUCUGCAAUGAGGUUGAGGGAUAGCGUACCUCUAGGUUUUCGGACUCACCACUCCUACAAGUGUUGGGAUGAGAGGUGUAUGCACUACAUCUACGGAUAUCCUCUUCACGAUGACCGAGAUCAACACUCGAGAGAGCAUGUCUCUCUCCAAAAAAGAGACUCGGGUCUCUCAGUCAGCGGCACACCACCGCUUGUCUUCCCCGAGAAGACCAACCGAAAUUACAGCGCCGAUUACAGCAAGCAGCCAUCUCCUUUGUAUCUACCUCGUCCAGGCCCCAACAUUCAGCUUGCGCCAAUAGCAACAAACAGUCAACCUCCGGCAAAAGACCACCGCGAAUCGCUAAGGAGCUAUUCGUUUGUACCCGAACAUCCGGCAGGCCCUCGUGGGUCAGUCGAUUCCGAGGUCGAUCCCUUGCUGCCGCCGUUGAAGCGCAGUCGUGUGGGGCAAUCGCGGUUGGAAUCAAUUGGUGAGCUGCGGCUGCUCCGGGAGGUCGGGCCAUGUCUUCGAUGUAAAGUCUUGAAAAAGGGGUGUGAUUCCAAUGAUCCAUGUGGACUUUGUCCUGAACCAACAGCCCUGUCAGAUAAUGAUUUUUGGAAAGCUUUGGGCUGUCAUCGGGGACCGCUCGCCAAUUUUACGGAGACUAUGCUUCCCACCGCCGUUUCCCCUCGACACACGCAGACUCCCAUGACCUCCCCGCUUGCAAUUCGCCGAAACAUGAACGAAUUUCUCGAACGAUCAUUCGUCAUUGCACCAGAAAUCGCGAGGAUGGUCAAGGAUGAUCUGGACUUUGAUGAUGGUUUUUGGUGGACAGAAGAUCUAGCCAACUUACCUCCGUCCAACCCAACGCUGGCAUCAUUCGGCAAAGAGCCCGUGGACCGCCCUCCACCGGUCCUGACCGUAUUGGCAGCAAGCUGGAAUAUGAGUGGCACCUACAACUUUUGGCAACUUCUCAAAAUGAGCGGCGUUCUCUCGGCAAGCAGGGAGUCGGAGGCGGUGACAUAUCCAGUCUUGUAUCGGGCCAAACUACUGCUUCGAGAAGCGCUAUUUUAUGACCUUCAGCUGCCCGACCCAGCUAUCCACGGCGAGCCAAGCAGCUCGAGCACCCACAUCAUAUUCGACGAUGCCGAUCUCUACGGACGUUUCCAGUUGCUUUACAAUUGCAUGACGCAGUUCCUGCACUCUCUCGAUACUCAGAUGAUGAGAUCCAACACGCUGGACCCAAAGACUUGGCUCGCAAGCUUCUUUUCACUCUGCAUCUUUAGCAUCGUCAGAACGUUGCUUGUGGACAGGGCCGCACAAGCACGCGUUAACUCGCCCACCGAGCCUGCCACAUCGGCCAUGCACGCAGUUUACAAAGCUCUGGUUUGCAUCUUCGCAGCCUCUACCACCAUGUUACUAGAUGGCCACGAAUCAGAGCUGAACAACGAAGACCGCGAGCUACUCGCUUCAGUUGGGGCGUUCCUCGGAAGGAACUCUUGGGCGGAGCGUGGUUUGACAAGUACGAAAGACUUCUUGCUGUUUCUCGGUAGCGGAGAGAUUGAGGGCAGUGUUUACCAUGGGUUUUUGAAGCAGCGGUCAUCGCAAAGGCAAGGAUCCUUCGUCCUACCCCCGAUCGCCAAGCCUGCGGAAGAGCCGCGGAAGCCGCUGCCAGAUAUGAGACCUCUUGCCCACCCGUGGGGCUCCAACGUCCCGGGACAAGCCGACAGGGAUAUUUAUGUUUUUAAAGGAGAGCCGGACCGAUUGCUCACAUCACCACAGUCUAUGGAUAUGGGAAGGCGCCACACCGUUGCCGAAAGCCCAACGUUCCCCAGACAGGCUGGUCGUGGGCUGACCUCGCCCAUCGCGGCACCGAGGCUUCGACCAUCAUACCAAAGGCCGCCUUUGCGGAGAGUAUACUGCACGAAAUGUAACGAGUACCCUGAGGGUUUCCGUGGCGAACACGAACUGAGAAGACACAACGAUGCCAAGCAUGCUGCUCUGGUCAAGAGAUGGGUUUGCACAGAGCCUCAGGGCCCACUCAAUUCACCCCAGCCCGUGAUACCUCUCUCGAAAUGCAAGGCCUGCGUGACCCAAAAACGCUACGGCGCCUACUACAACGCAGCAGCGCAUCUGAGACGAGCUCACUUCAAUCCUCAUCGUGGUGGUAAAGCGAGCGGGGACUGGCCGCCGAUGAAUAUCUUGAAAGACUGGAUGCGGGAAGUACGGCAGUCGAUUGACGUACAGGAUCAGGACGAUGCGUCCAGUGGAGAAGACGAGGGGCAUGAUUACAAGAACACCCAUGACUUUAUCUCCCCACCUCGGCGCCGCUCACCACCGGUUCUAGAAGCACCACGCCUAGCCCCUGCGCCUCCUCCACCACCGCCGGCACACAUGGGACAUCCACAUCCACACGGUCUCCCGGUACCCUCUCAGCCGCUGCUGGCCCCUUCGUUCGGCCCGAUGGCUCAUGUUGGGCCCCUCGGCUCUCUCGGCUCAGUAGGGGGUCCAGUUGGCCCACCACCUAUGAUCAUACAAAGCUCACCGGGUGCCUACAUGACACCGACCCCGGUCCUCAAGAGCAACGACGAGUCACAGCUCACACCUACUUCGGCAUCCUCCUCCGUCCGCAACCGCUGCCCCCAUCCAGAAUGCGGUCGUGUUUUCAAGGACUUGGCAGCUCACAUGCUGACCCACAUGGAGGAACGUCCUGAAAAGUGCCCAAUCGAGACCUGCGAGUAUCAUAUUAAGGGGUUCGCGCGAAAAUACGACAAGAACAGACAUGCCCUCACACACUACAAAGGCACCAUGAUCUGCCCAUUUUGUCCUGGUGCCGGGACAUCCUACGAGAAGGCCUUCAACCGGGCGGAUGUCUUCAAGCGUCACUUGACAGCCGUGCACAACGUCGAGCAGACACCACCGAACAGCAGGAAGCUCAUUUUGACAUCUGGGUCCGCGCGAGCCGGUGCUGCCGGGGCAAAGUGCAGCAUUUGCCAGAGCCAGUUCGCUACAGCCCAGGAGUUUUAUGAGCAUUUGGAUGACUGUGUGUUGAACGUCAUCGUUCCUUCUACGCCAAAGACGACGGGCGGCGGGGGUGGGAACGCCAGUGAGAGGAAAGAUUCUGUUGCCCGGACGCCGGCAACGGCAACGGAGAAGGGCAAAGAGCUUGAGCACGAUUCACAUGUUCAACUGGAUGUAGACAUGGAUGAAGACUCCCGAAGAGGCUCCGAAUACAGCGACAGGGCAUCUGUUGUUCAGACCACCCGCGAAGAACGCACCCAACUGUACCAGCAGGAACCCAGCACUCGGGUUUCAUCGGCACAGGCUUCUCCAGCUCCUUCGUCGAUCCAGACCUCCAAAACCGAGCCAUCUGGGCAACUGCCCAACUCACACGCCGAUCACGAAUCAGAGAUUGCUUCGGAGAUCCAAGUCGCCGUGCCGCCCCGGCCAUCGAAGGAGGACGCGAUGGACGUGGUGGAAGAAACGAACGGCGUUGGGGCUGGCCAGCCACAACAGCAGAAGUCAGAGCCCCCCGAGUUGCCACUCGAAGUUAAACCAUACCAAGCCUUGCGUCGGCCGGAGGUGACGCUUGGAUCACCGGUCCCGCCGGAUGCGAUGGAUACGGACUAAAUCUUGCCGACUCCUAUUACAUCCAUUUAUUUCGAAUUUUUUUGGUGAUUCUGGUCUAAAAAGAUAUGGGAGAUGAGUCCAUGACUUGGCUAGAAUGAGAGGGAUCAAGAUAUCUACUUUUUAUGUUUCAAGGGGGAAAGUGAGAUUUUAUAAUGAUGACGGAUUUAUAUCUUCUAUUCUACUGUCAUUCACAAUUUUGGAAGGGGGAAGGAGAGGUCUUUCGUGGGAUAUAUAUUUAUGUGUAAUAUAUAUAUGU